UUAUCAGUAAUGAGAGUGAAUUCAAACGCGUCGAUUUCAUCAUGGCUACUGGGCUUGGUGAGUUUCUGCGUAAUUUAAGACAAGGCCUCGUGAAAGCUGAUGAAACUACUCGUGGAGAGGCACAGAAAGGGGAAACUGCGCGUGCUGAAGGUGCAAGAAGGCGGAGAGAUCAUGACACUUCCUCGACGUCUUUGCAUCAUGAACAGUGUAAAACUUUGUCUGUGUUUGAACAGUGCGGUGGGAACAGACGUGGAAAUUACUUGGAGAGGUUGCCUUCUGAGAUCAUCCUGAAGAUUUGCUCUUUUCUGGAUGCCUCGUCCCUGUUCAAUAUCAGCUUUGUCAACAAGCGGUUUCAUGAUCUGGCUAACAGCAAUGCUCUGUGGUCUGUGUUGUAUGCUUCUGAGUUUGAGAAGAAGAAGUGGAGACCCCAAGUAAGAAUUAUGACCGAAGCUGUGAGCAGCACAAGUGUGGAAGAGAAACCUGCGGGAUACUGGAAGAAGCUGCUACUCAAGGAGAUGGCUGGCUACAAGGACACCCUGUGGAAAACCGAGCUAAGACACAUGAACCCGCACACAGGCAUGCCAGCUCUGACAGAGCAAGUUCUCAGGAGGUUACACAUUCAGUGGGAGAUCACGCUCACAAAAAAGAAUGGACGUGAAAGUGUCCAUAAGCAGUCGCACAUUUUCUUUGAAGAUUCCUCGGUUACGGUGCUCUGGAGCCGUGGUGUCUGGCCGUACAUGAGCAGUCUUGAGGGCCUGCAGCUUCAUGGAAUAAUGUGUCCAGCCCUAUCAGGUCCAGGAGACAAGCCAAGGUGGCGCUCUCUGAUUCACAAGACAAGUUUAACUAGAAGUAUACCCUGGUCAUACCUUGGUGCUGACAAGCUUGUGAAAUUGCUGAAUUUGAAUAAGGGCAUCAUUGUCGGAGUCUGGCGGGGCAAUUGGAAAAUUGCCUUUAUCAUGGCCAACCUACACUUCCACAAACUGAUUGAAAGAAGUCUCCUUGGGUCAAGAUUUUGUCCCUACAUACCCACGGGUGGCACCGCUGCAGACCCUGACUGUGGACGCCAUGGAUACACUCUGCACAUUGUGCUUCACAAUCCAGUUCGGCGAAUCAUGUGUCAGCAUUUCUCCCCACUCUACACCAGCAGAGUGCCGUUUCAAGAGGACUAUGUGCAGUUAAUCGCCAUUAAUUUCGCUGAUGUGCCUGAGCACAAGCCUGUGGCAAAGAUCAGCCUCCCAUGGCAAGCAGAAGGAGUGCAGGGAGAUGUUGAGCGUUGCUGUAUGAUGACUCUGACAGUUCUGGAUGAGGCUCAGCGUCCCUUCUGGUGUGUGAGUUCUCCUGUCAAGAUGUCCAAUAAAUUUAGAGCGGUAGACUUGGAAUACGAAGGUGAGCAGUUCAUCAUCGUGUACGAGGAUGUGGAGGGAAAGGUCAAAAUGACCUUUGUGUGGAUGGAGAUGCUUCAGCAGUACUUUUUGGUGCAGUUAAGUACUGCAUUCCCAGCAGCCAAAGUGAAAAGGCACUUUGGGGGAGAAUCUUGAAAAUGUUGCAUUAUCUGGUUGGUUUACGUUUAGAAAAGUCAGAAUGAUUCUGGCAGUGCUUUGAGUUGUAAAUAUCCAAAGAUGAUUUUGGAUUUUUUUUUUUUUUUUAAUUGAAAUUUAUUAUUUCUUGUUCAUGAAAAUGUUGCGCUUUUUGUCAUUUUAAUAAUGUAAAUGUCUGAAUUUUUUGUUGUUGUUGAGUUUCAGG